AGCAAAUCCUCGGCCCUCCACUCGUGGAACAUCUGCUGGACGCGUGCUAUCGCUUGCAUCAAGAUGGAGCGGGAAGUACAACAGCUCGUCGAAAUGGGCGCGACAAUUGCCCAGGCGCGGGCGGCCCUCAAGCAACAUAGAGAUGUUAUGGAAGCAGCUGAACGAAUAUUUGAUGGGAGCUUCGACCAUAUUGUCGACGAGGACGGCGAUGUGCCCAUGUCCUCCGCGGAGACUGUUCAGCAGAAGCCAAGAAUGAUGACACCCCACGACGAGGAAGACGAUGACCCAGCAUCAGAUGCAGGCGAGGAUGAGGGUGACGACGAAGAUUAUAUUGACUAUGACUAUGACUCCGACUUCGAGGAGAAAGUCGGCGAGUCUAACGGAGCAGCCGUCGAUCCAUACGCAGGCAUCUUCUUCUCCAAGGACCGACGAGAAGAGGUCAUUGAAGUAGAGGAAGAACCUGAGAUGGUCAUCAUGUCUGGUGGUAGCGAGAAGGUACCUUUGAUGACGCAAGGGCAGUGGAUGAAGGGCUGCCCAGAGGGCAGCGAACAGAGCUUUUUGUUCAGCCUCUACAGGGAACUUAGCGAAGGCGAAUGCCCGUGUCCACAUGGCUGCGGCGCGUCAGUCAAGCGCAAGAAGAGCGACUUCUUCGUGCUAUUCCCGACAUUCCCCGCAUACAUCAAGCACUUGCGGUCAAUAGUGCCCCGGACGUGUAGUCAAUGUUCCAAGACCUUCUGCUUCGCUUGCGGAGAGUCUAGCACGCCUAGCCACACCAAAGUUCCGGGCCCUCUCGACGUUGACGCGUCGCUCUUCCAUUGCGCCAACCUGCAAGGCGCUAUCCUAGGUGUUGGACUGGCUACUCUUGAGAAGGCCUAUGUAGAUGAGGUCCAAGACGCCUCCGCCAGCUCGAAAUCUGAAGACCGGUCAAUCAGGAAGAAGCGUAAGAUGGAGGCCCCGCCAAUUGCGAUGCCUGACAUGAACGACGACGAGUAUGAUGACGACGAUGCCUACUUCACGGUCCCCGUUCAAGGCAAAAAGGCCAAGCUAGGCACAGGUUACGCCGGCGAUGCCAGGGAAGACAUGACAGGACAACUCGAGGCGAUGAACGCUCAACGCAACAAAGACGAGAAGCUGGCUUCGUUGCUCUCACAGAUCCGCACGUUCCUCCCGUCGGUCAAUCGAGAUAACGGAGGACACUCCAGUGAUUACCUGGUGCACCCAACCGCACUUGCUCAUCUCCGCCGACGGUUCAACUUCGUCAGCAGCCAGCUUCUGCGCAAUGACUCUUUGACCGACAUGUCAGAUCGCUCUAUACUGUACUUCGAGCUCUUCGAGUGGCUAGAGACGAUCUCCAGCCACGAAGCCCUCGCUAGUAUGAUGGCUAUGCCUAUCAUGGUCGUGACGUCCGUGAAGGCUGUUGCCGGGAAGAAGUCUACCUCCAAAGGCAGUCCUCGGAUUCGCGAACGUACCAUCGUCUACGAAGGUAGUUCCGGGCCGCGCGAACUUCUUGAAGCCAUCGUCAUCCAGGCACAGGCUGCGCUCAAAGGUUUGGAAGGUAUGAAGGUUGCCGAGGUGGAGAACACAGAGAUGUCCGAGGAACAGAAGCGUAUGACCGCCGACGAGAAGGGCAAGGCGAAGGACGAUGGUGCGGUCACGUCGGAGGAGAACCGCAAGCUCCUCACCUUCUGUCAGCGCAUCAUGAACACUGCGAGCGCGAUCGACCGGUCGCUCGUCGAGACCAAGGGCAAGGCGUUUGUCGACCGGCUCCAUGCCGCGCUCCCGAAGAUUCCCGGUACGACGACAAACCAAGGGGAUGGCGCCCCUGUCAAUGCCGGCGAGACCGAGGAGAGCGCGAUGGAAGCUUACAUGAAAUGGGCGGGUCGCGUCCGCUUCGAGUACUGUGACCUCACUGUCCCCGCACCCGCGAACGCAACGGGUGACGAGGAUCUGACGCCAAACUACAAGUUCUACUUCAACAACGAGGCUCGCAUGCUCGCCAACUCCGAUAUCCCGAAGCGAUCCUUGGCCAUUGCGAAGGAGCUUGCCGUUCUUACCACAAACCUACCGGUCGCCUGGAAUUCUUCGAUCUUCCUGCGUGUGGACGAGACGCGGGUGGACGUCAUCAAGGCUCUCAUCACUGGGCCGGAAGGGACUCCGUAUUACAACGGCUGCUUCUUGUUUGACGUCUUCUUGGGUCCGAACUACAACCAGUCGCCGCCCAGUGUGAAGUAUAUGACGACCAAUGGCGGGAAGUACCGUUUCAACCCCAACCUAUACGCGGAUGGCAAGGUCUGCCUGUCGCUCCUGGGCACCUGGUCUGGGCCGGGAUGGAUACCCGGCAAGUCGACACUGCUCCAAGUGCUCAUCUCGAUUCAGUCCAUGAUCCUAUGUGAAGAGCCGUACACCAACGAGCCUGGCUGGGCGGCUAGCAGCGGGAGUCCCAAGUCUGUUGCAUACUCGGCGAACAUCCGUCGAAUGGUGGUGAGGACUGCGAUGCUCGGCAACUUGAAGAACCCUCCAGAGCCUUGGGCGGACGUCAUCCGCACGCACUACCGACUCAAAGCGAACUCCAUCAAGGCCCAACUGGACAAGUGGCUGGCCGACGACGAUGGCGUUGUCACUGUCGGGGACGGCGCGUUCCACCAGAAGGCCGUCGCAUCAGGCAGUUCGAACGGCCUGGCCGAGGAUGUUGCGGAGCUGAAGGCGUUGCUCACGAAGCUACAAACGGGCGAGUAUCCCGCUACAUCUUCUUAGGUCUGGUACCUGGUUUCUGGUGUCUGGACUUGGCUUCGAGGCAAGAGUCACCUAUCCCCAAACUCUUUUGUCGCGUCUGUUUGCUGUCUCUCGCAGUGUAAUCAUAUGUAACCAUCAAGCAACGAAUUAGAAACACC